AUGACAAAAAAUAAUUCGAAUGAUAGCAUGUUUUAUGAGAUUCUGGUGAGAAUUUUCACAAUGCUCAAUGUUGCAGACCUUGUUGUAGCUUCAAUGGUUUGCAAAUCUUGGAAUUUAGCAUGCCGUGCUCCUGAACUUUGGAGAAAACUUGAUCUAAGGAGUUUGAGCUUAAGAAGUCUGAGUGUACCUUUGAGUCCACAUGCUUGGAUCGAUGAACAGUCAAGCAAUACAAUGACUCAAUUCUUAAAGUAUGCUACAAGUUUGAGUGGUGAAAACAUAAGUUGCGUAAUAUUUAAUUAUUGUGUCUAUUUAAGAGAUGUGCACUUAAUAUCGAUUGCUGAAAGGACUCCAAAUCUCAAAAGGUUAGUGCUACCUAUGUCCGGUGAGAUAUCAAAAAAUGGUUUAGAAAUCGCAAUGAGAUCAUGGAGAUGCCUUGAAUCCAUUACUAUUACCACAAGUAUCUAUGAUUUUAAAUUUUUUGAUGCGAUUGGAAAACACUGCAAAAACAUCACCAGCUUAAAGUUCGCAUGUUUUUUUGGACAAGAAGAAGCUGAGUCUUUGGUUAAAUACACUCCAAAUCUAAAGUUCUUGAGUUUUAGGGACAUGCCUAUAAACCAUAGAGCUUUAUGUCGUGUACUUAAUAGCUUAGAACAUUUGGAUGUGGUAAAUUUAUGUCACACUGACAUUAUAGAUUAUGGGCUUAAAUUAUACUCGAGUCAUCGUAAUCUAUUGAACCGUAUGAAUAUCUCGUGUAAGAUUAUCACCUGUGAAAAGAGAUCAUGUCUUAUGUGCAAGAAUGAGUCUACGAACGAUCCAACAAGACAACCAUCUGGGAUCUUAGAGGAAAUUCGCAAUUGGCGUGAAGAUGAGAUAGAUUCUCUAGCACAUUAA